ACGUAACGGCCAUUAGAUUUGAUAUGUCAAAAGAAGGGAUUGGUUACCACUAUGAAUUUUUGAAGCAAUUUUUAACGGAGCCAAUAUGAUAACUUCCGGUCUUGCCUUCGGUAUUAGUAAUGAGUGUGAAUACCAUUGUCAAGGGGCGUUAACGUCUUCUACGGAACUGAAGAGACUCCAAUCUCUUAAAAUCGACAUAGCCCUUGUUGACGCAAUGAUAGUGUGUAACUGUAUUUAUUAUAUACCACGUUUUUUAAAGACCCCCGCUGUCAGUAUUUGUAGCUUUAUACCGGAAAGUAACUCUGGAAUGGCCUUUACUUUCAAUACGAAUCCACUUUUAAUGAGUUCCUAUACUAGUGAAAUGGCCUUUCCACAAAGAUUAUUGAACCUGUUAGGUACUUUAGCCUUUAGUCUGGCCUUGAAAUUAGCGUAUGUUGCUAAUCCGACUGAUGUUACCAAGUUAAAACAAUAUGUUCCAGCAGAAGUCUUUGAUAUUGAAAAAGAUGAAAUGAUUCGAGAAUCUGUUUUGUUUUUAGAAAAUUCGGACACCAUCUUGGAAUAUCCGAAAGCUAGUUAUCCGAAUUUUAUCCGUGUUGGCGGAAUAACAACCCGUCCUCCUAACCCUCUACCCAAAGAUCUGGACAAGUUCAUGUCGCAGUCAAAAAAUGGCGUGGUGGUCGUCUCUUUUGGAAGUAUUCUGAAAAAUGCACCGCCACACAUUUUUCAAAAACUGCUGAAAGUUUUCCAAAAUCUAAACCAUAAUGUAAUAAUGGCACAUACUAAAAAUGAAAACUAUGGUAAUGUGAAAACUGUAGAAUGGCUGCCACAAAAUGACGUCUUGGGUCAUUCCAAUACUGUUCUAUUUAUUUCACAUUGUGGUAAAAAUGGCUUCUUUGAAGGAUUUUAUCAUGGUGUACCUAUCAUUUGUACGCCAUUUCAUGCUGAAAUUUUAUCUACGGCCAUUAAAGUCAAAUAUCAUAAAGUCGGAAGUUCGGCAGAUAUACUUAAUAGUGAUGCUGAUGAAAUACUGAAGGUUAUAAAAGACACAUUAAAUGAUAAAAGUAUUAGGAAGAAUAUGAAGAAAGCUUCUGCUAUUUUUCAUUCGGCACCAUUCACGCCACAAGAAAGAGCCGCUAAUGCUAUAGAACAUAUAUUAAAGUUUGGUGGUGAUCAUUUAAAACCAGUUUCUAGUAAAAUGUCUUUAAUAGCUCAUACUAUGUUAGAUAUUUGGUUUACAUUAUUUUUACUUACAUCUAUUAUACUUUAUAUAUUUUAUAGAUUAAUACGAGGUUGUUUUAUUUGUAUAUUCUGUAGAAAACAAAAUACAACACGAAAGAAGAAAAAGGACUGAAAUAUUAUAUCAUAAAACAAGAAUACUAUUAUAUUGUACAUUUUCACCCGAAAAAGCUUUAUUGAAAUUUGCAUAUUUAGGUAUUAUAACUACUGUUCUCGUGAUAAUCUACGAAACAAUAUAGUAAUUAGAAUUGUUCAAGUUGUUGGGGAUUAACCACAUUACGUAAUCGUAAUGGGGCAACUGUUAUAAGUUAGUAACGUGUUUCUAUAGAUUUGGGAAGUUAAUAAAUAAACU